CCUUCGUUUGACAGUUAAGAUUCUUAGAAGACUCAGUCAUCAUGAGUCCGAUUUCGCAGUUCGUCCCGGCUCUUCUUGCCUUCGCCGGCCUGAUUCAAGGGGCUACCAUUCCUUUUAGCCGCGCCGCCUCCAGUAACCUGGAACCAAGACAGGCAUGCGAGAAUGGACCAGACAGCAGAAACUGCUGGACGGAUGGGUUUGACAUCAAUACGAACCCCCAUGAAUCGUGGCCAUCCACAGGCCAAACGGAAACGUUUAAUUUGCGUCUUACGAAUACGACAUGCAAUCCUGAUGGCCAUGGAGAGAAGUGGUGCACAUUGAUUAAUGGCCAAUACCCGGGACCAACCAUUAGAGCAAAUUGGGGUGAUAAUAUCCGAAUCAUUGUUCACAACGAUGUCAUGGACAAUGGAACAUCGAUCCAUUGGCAUGGUCUCCGGCAAUUGAAUAGCAAUAAGCAGGAUGGAACCAAUGGUGUCACGGAAUGUCCCCUUGCCCCCGGGACGACUAGGACAUACGAGUUCAAAGCCACCCAACACGGCACAACCUGGUAUCAUAGCCACCAUUCCGCUCAAUACGGCGAGGGGGUCGUAGGUACCAUUAUCAUUGACGGGCCGGCGAACACCAAUUAUAACACAGAUCUUGGGGUGCUUCCGCUCUCAGACUGGUACUACGAUCAGACGUGGAUGCUUCUAUGGCGAGCGCUGUACGGUGGAGGUUUACCUCCGCCCAGUGACACAGUUUUGGUCAAUGGCACGAUGAUCGAUGGGAAUGGGAACGGCCAGUACCAGAAGAUCAAUGUCGUGAAGGGGCAGCGAUACCGACUCCGAUUCGUGAAUACGGCGGUUGAUCAUCUCUUCCAUGUGUCAAUGGACGGCCAUCCGUUCACAGUCAUUGAGGCUGAUUACGUUCCGGUGGUUCCAUACGAAACCACCGAUCUGAAGAUCAACAUUGGUCAGCGUUACGAUGUCGUCUUUACCGCGGACCAGGACGGUCCCGCCUCCAACUACUGGCUCCGUGUUCAACCUGGCAGCGCUCUCUGUGGCAAGGCGGACAUCUACAACAAUGCCGAUGUGACGGUGGGCGCCAUCCUGAGCUACGAGGGCGCGCCGGACGAGAAUCCGACCUCGACGGGUAGUACGAUGACGGAUACCUGCGAUGAUGAGACCUUCAAGCCCUUCCUGCCGCUUCCGGUACCGUCCGACACCUUCCUGGAGCAAGUGACGCCCCUGGAUAUUACUUUAGGGAGCGGAGCCGAAAAUAUUGUGAACUGGUACAUCAAUGGGAGCUCCAUGGACGUCAACUGGGAGGAGCCAACGAUUUCCUACGUCAAGAAUGGAACGCCGUAUGAUACUCGGAUGAGCGUAGUUGAGAUGCCAGAGAAAGACACGUGGUACUUCUGGGUCAUCCGCAAUGACCCCACACGCCCGCUCCCUCAUCCCAUUCAUUUGCACGGCCACGACUUCUGGCUUCUCGGGAGUGGAGUCGGAGCCUUCCCCUACACCCUGGACUCGUUCAACUUCAAGGACGCCGUGCGACGCGAUGUUGCCACUCUCCCAGGAAGCCCCGAUGGAGCCUGGAUGCUUCUGGCAUUCCAGUCCGAUAACCCAGGCGCAUGGCUGAUGCAUUGCCAUAUUGCAUGGCACGCAUCCCAAGGCUUGAGCAUGCAGUUUGUGGAGCGCAAGGACGAGAUCCUUAGCACCAUUGGCAACUUGGACGAUUACAAUCAGGGUUGCAUUGAGUGGAAGAGGUAUUGGAAUAGUCCGGAUCGCGUCGGCGUGGACGAGGAUUCGGGUCUCUUUGCGCCAGGGAAGCUGCUGCCCGACGCUAUCUCAGGCCCGGGAGCCGGUGUGUAAGGUGAUGUUGCUUGGGUUGAUGACGAUCAUGAUGAUGGCGAUGAGGAGGAGGAUGAGUUCUUACAGCUUACAGUCCGGUAUUGUAGGCAAUCUCCUUGUAUCUAGCCUCCCUUUCCCCUUGACACGUUUUGAAGUUCUACCUUCUCUCCGAAAAAACAUCUUCUCACGGUAUAUAUUAGAGAGUGCUUUUGUCUUCCUCUUCU